AAUCCCCACACCAAAACGUACCACCACCCCCGAUGUAACCACCAUGUGCAAUGUGCACCUUAAAUACUAUACUAUAAUUUACAUAGAAAUUAACACUGGAACCAAACCAUCAUCUGUUUCAUUUAGACUCCUCCUUCCUCGUCUGCUCUCUCACCCAAUACAUCUCCAUCCCUCCCCUCCCCUCUCCUCCUCAUGGACCCAAAUCACAGUAACCUCAACCGAGACCUAACCCAAAGGGAAGUGAAAACCCAUCCUCCCACCCCAACAACCUACUUGUCCCACCGCCGCCGCCUAAUCCCCCUUCGGAGGCGGAAACUACCCUCGGUCCGCCUCGGAGGGAAGAAGCUGCGGCGGGGACACUUCUUCGUGAGGCUUUUCCGCCGAGCCCGGCUGCGGUGGCUGAAGAUCAAGAACAUGUGCACGCUAAAGAAGCUGACGCAGUACUACAGGUGUUUGAUAAGAGAGAUAAUUGAAGCCAGUGCUGCGAUGGAGACCGUGCAGCAGAGGGUCCUGUUCGAUCCCACCUCUGGCGUCCCUGUUUUGGGCAUGUCAUUCAAUAGCUACACCAACGCCUAUGGUCCCUGAUGAUCCAUACUCCUGCCUGCCUGCCUCACCAUUUGUAAAGGAUUCAGGAAUGGUUUUCAAUUUUUGUUAAUGUUUGUGUUAAUUUGCUUAAUGUUGUGUAAUGAUAAGCCAAUGCUCGUGUAAUUGUACCUUUGGACUACUAUUGUGGUCCAAAAGUCCAAUUACACCGCAUUAGUUAGAGCUCAAAAACUUUGGAAAAUUGUACUGCUUCUGCAUUGAAAAUAGAUGAUUUUUUGUUUCCCCUUCAACAUAUAUUAUGGUUGAGAGUAAAAGUUUGUUUGUUUU